AUGGAUGUUGAAGUGAAAUUGGAGGUACAUUAUGGGGGUGCUUUUGUGUGGAACCCUAGUUUAGAGUACUUUGGUGGGAAAGUAGAAAUAGUGUAUAGGGAUGCUGAUUUGCUUGGUUAUUUUGAAAUAAAAAGUAUAUGUGAGGAAUUGGGGAUUGAUGAACCGUGGAGGGUUCAUUAUUUAGGUCCUGGGGGCAACUUGGAGCAAGACUUAAGGCUCAUAGAAGAUGAUCAAGAUGUGGAACCCUUGUGGAACCCUAGUGAGGGAGGGCCAAGAGACACCAUCAUACUGUAUGUGGAGAGUGGUAAUGCUCCACUUGCAGUUGAAGUUCCUGAUGGUGCAGGGGUUGGUGUAGGAGCUGGUGCAGGGGCUGCUAUAGGGGGUGCAGGGGCUGCUAUAGGGGGUGCAGGGGCUGAUGCAGGGGUUGAUGCAGGGGCUGGUGUAGGGGGUGGUGUAGGAGCUGCUACAGGGGGUGAUGGUGUGGAGGAGGAGUUUGAUUGGUUGAAUGAGGGCCUGGAAGGAGAAGACUUUGCUGAUGACAUUUUUGGUGAGUCUUCUCCACCUCACACAGUACCAGAUGAGCCUAACACUGUUCCAACCACUGAUACACCUCAUCCAAACACUGAUACACCUCAGCCAAACACAGAUGCACCUGGCCCAAGCAAUGUUCCUCCUCCAAACAUAGAUUUAGAUGAAGAGUGGGCUGAACCAGCUUUAGAGGAUGAUAUGGCAAGUGUGGAUAGUUCUGAUGAUGAGCAGGGGCCUGGCAAUUUGGAGUUCAAUGAGAGGACUGAUAUGGAAAAUGUUAGGUUGGCAAAAGGGAUGAAAUUCCCAAACUCCCAGGUGUUUAGGAAGGCUUUGAGGGAGUAUGUGAUUCAGAAUCAUAUUGAUGUCAAGUGGAAGUUGAAUGAGAAGAAGAAGAUUUCUGUACAUUGCAAGAACAAUUGUGGAUGGAGGUGUUAUGCCUCAAUGGUGACUGGAGAGUGCACAUUUGAGAUCAAGACACUUUAUCCUGAGUGUACCUGCCCCCUAUCAUUUAAAAAUGGGCAAGUUACAUCAGCCUAUGUGGCAAAGAGGUAUUUGGAGGAUUUUGGUAAGAAUCCUAAUUGGGAGGCCUCAGGUAUUAAGCACCAUGUGAUGCAGAAGAUUUCAGUUGAUUUAAGUCUUAGUCAGGUGUAUAGAUCAAGGAAGGCAGUUAGGGGGCUGAUUACUGGGGAUGAAGAGGCUCAGUAUGGCCUACUUAGAGAUUAUGCAGAAAUGAUAUUAAGGACAGAUGUAGGAAGUAGGAUGAUUCUGCAAACAGAGAUGGAAAAUGAGAAUGCAGAGCCCAAGUUUAAAAGGAUGUACAUUAGGUACAAUGCUCAGAAGGUUGCCUUUUUAGGUGGUUGUAGACCCUUUGUUGGGCUGGAUGGCUGCCACUUGAAGGGUAGGUUUGGUGGGCAAUUAUUGUCUGCCACUGCCAAGGAUGGAAAUGACAAUAUAUUCCCAGUGGCAAUGGCUGUGGUUGAGCAAGAGAACAAGGAUAGCUGGACCUGGUUCUUGGAGCAGUUUGCUGAUGACAUUGGCAAGCCAGAUGAGCUCAAUCUGGUAUUCAUCAGUGACAGGCAGAAGGGCCUUUUACCUGCAAUGGAGACUCUAUUCCCAACUGUGGAGCACAGGUAUUGUGUGAAGCACAUAUACAACAACUUCAAGGUUAACCACAAGGGCAUGGAGUUGAAGAGUGUACUGUGGAGGUGUGCUGGCACAACAUCAGCCAGGGAAUUUGAGAGAGGGAUGGACCAUCUUAAGAGUUUGAAUGAAGAAGCUUGGCAGUACCUGGCUGAUAUAGAGCCUGCACAGUGGACCAGAUCCCACUUUUCUUCAAGAGUUUUGACAGAUUGUAUGGUAAACAAUCUGAGUGAGAGUUUUAACUCUAUGAUUCUGAAGGGUAGAGACAAGCCCAUCUUAUCAAUGCUGGAGUGGAUCAGAGUUAGGCUUAUGAGCAGGCUGUAUAUAAAGAAGGCUGGCAUAGAAAAGUAUGAUGGCAAUUUGUGUCCAAGCAUACAAAAGAAGUUGGAGCAGUUAAAAUUAAAGUGUAAGAGUUUCAGUGCAGUUCCUUCUGGGAGGUUUGUGUAUGAGGUUGACAAUGGGAGUGAAAGGCAUGUGGUGGACUUGGUAAAUAGGACAUGUAGUUGUAGAGUAUGGGACUUGACAGGAAUCCUUUGCAAGCAUGGAGUUGCAGCCAUUUUUGUGAAUCGUGAGAGACCAGAAGACUACACCCAUCCAUGCUACUACAAGGAUGCUUAUGUGGAGACAUACAAGACACCCAUACCUCCCAUGCCUGGCCAGUCUGAGUGGAUGUCAAGUGGCCAACCCAAGCCUGUUGCACCUACUGUCUAUAAGCCACCAGGCAGGCCACCCAUGAAGAGGAAAAGAGAUGCUGAUGAGCCAAACCCUUAUAAGGUGUCUAGAGGAAACAAGCCAGUGAGGUGUGGAAGGUGUCAACAGGAAGAGCACAAUGCAAGGGGAUGCAAGGCCAAUGUCACUGGUGAGACAGCAUGGGAGAGGAGGCAGAGAUUGCAGAAAGGGAAAUCUGGAAGUGGAAGGCCUUCUACACAGAGGCAAGGAUCCCAGGCCCCAUCUUCAUCACAGACCCAAUCCUCAGCUCAGCCCCCACCAACACAUCAGCCUUACACUAUGGCCUCAUCCAACCAGGCAGCAGGGUCACAGCCACAAGCUCCAGCUCCACAGCCACAAGCUCCAGCUCCACAGCCACAAGCUCUAUGGUCACAGAACCCAAGUCAAUGGUACUCUUCAGACUUUAGGUACACAGUUAGAGGAGCUCCUUGGUUCUCUUCAAGCCAGCCAACACCACACACUCCUGUAGAAACAUGGGACAGUAGACCACAAUCAUCACAGCCUACAAGACCACCUGCUACCAGAGGAGCUGCUUUGAGAGGAAGGGGUGAUGCAGCUAGACCUCAGAAAUGUAGAACAAGAGGUGGAAAGGCUAGCUGUGGUGUGAGAGGCAGGGGCAGGGGCAGGGGCAGUAAAUGAAGACUAAGUCAAGACACUUUUGUUGAUAUGUAUUAGGGUUAUAUAGUGUUAGGGUUAGGUAGGGCAGACAAUGGCAAGUCACUUUUGUUGCUAUGUAUUAGGGUUAUGUAGUGUUAGGGUUAGGCAGGGCAGACAAUGACAGGUGCAAACACUUUUUGAUAUAGCUGUUCAAACACUUUUUGUAUUUUUGUAAGUUUUGUAAAUAUUGGGCAGCUGCAACUGUUUUGGUUGUUGUACCAAAUGCCUUAUAUUUACUGGUGGUUGAUGAAAGACUAUUCAAUGCCACCUUCAAAUAUGUAUACAAUUUCCCAACUUAAUGACAGGUGUUCAGAAUUA